AUGGUGAGGCCUGCUGGUUAUGAACCCGUCCAGCAGAAUGAAGAGACGACGGUCAUAGGUUCCAAGACGGUAGAUGUGAUGGAUAUCGAGGAGGCGAAGCCAGCAUCCGAAGUGUCCAAGGUCGACCAGACGGACCUACCACUGAGAACGGUGGCUCUCAGUGUGGUUUUCUAUGCAGCUUGCUCGUCCACCUUGUUACUCAUCAACAAGGUGGCCAUGCACUUCGUGCCCGAUGCCUCCUUCAUCCUCUUCUGUCAGUUUCUGAGCUCCUCCCUCACUGUGCGGGUGAUCAAGUACACCACGCCAGAUGCGGACAUCGAGCUACUCCGCUUCGACAAAGCACGGCUCUUCUUCCUGGCAUGUCUCAUUUUCUUCUUGUGCUUGCUCGCCAAUACGGCGGCCUUGAAGUCUGUCAACGUGGAGACCGUGAUCGUCGCACGCGCGGGACCCGGAGGUGCUGUGUCCGUCUUGGAGCAUUAUGCCUUGGGGCGAAGCUUACCAUCGAUUCAGGGUACCCUGGCACUCUUUGCCAUCGCCGGCGGAGCCGUGAUCUAUGUCAUCUCCGAUGAAGGCUUCAAAAUUGAAGGCUAUACCUGGCUUCUUCUCUACUUUGUCUUCAUAGUUACCGAGAUGGUCUUUGUGAAGUUCGUGGUCGACAACGUGCCCAUGUCCACUUGGACACGCGUUUACUACAACAACACAUUGUCGAUCCCCAUGGUUCUGGUCUCCUCCUUCUUUAUGGGCUUUGGAGGCUUUCUCAAGGUGGACUGGACAUGGCGACACGUUGCAGUCGUGGCCCUCUCUUGCGUAGUCGGAGCUUGGGCAAAUAUGACGAUCGGUUUCACCUGCGGAAGAUGGUGUCAGCCACAACCUUCACGGUCAUAG